UGAGAGACAGGUUGGAGCAUUUGAAGGCCCUUUUGUUGUCGAGAGACCCUUGUAUUUUCUGACAAAAAUUCAUGGGAAUCAUUGAACAUGUAAAGCUUCACUUUACUCUUCUUUGACCCCUCCACCCACUUCUCCACAGAUAAUUGAAAUACAAGGAGUAUUAAACUAGACAAGUACUGCGUUGGAAUUGGUAUAGCCCACAGGCCAAAACUCUCUUUCACCAUUCUCAAAGCCUUUUCCUUUUCUCUCUUCUUUCUUUUAUCUAUCAGCACAGACACCACACAUCUUUUUGGAAGGAGAAAGAGAGAAAAGUGGAGGUGCCACCCUCAUUUAUCUCGGUCCACAGAUGAUGAUGAUGCUUGAUUUCGAUGCUUAAAUGGAAGAUUUCUUGUGUCCCAGCCCUAUCUGAUGCUGCUGUGCAAUCUGUUUAAUUGCAAAUUUUGAAUUCAUUCCAAUGGCCUCAGAGUCAUAUCUCAAGGGUUCCUCGGGAAAGCAAAGCAAGAGUCGUGGAGGGGGUAAAACAGGAAAAUGCGACCCUCUCGUGAAUGAAUUGCCCGGUAAUGUGGAAAGUCUUGCCUCAAAGAAAUCACACAAUCAUCUGCAGAAGGGGGCGGUUUCUUCUUUGACAGAUAAAAUUGAUUCAAGCUUACAUUUGGGUAAUGCUAAACAAGCACGGGCGUUGGAACAAACUGCUGAUCAGCAAACAAAAAUAUCAGAUCUUGGGAAUGUAAAAGAUAAAUCAGCACCUGCAAAAGCUAGUGAUGGAGCAAGCAGCCUUGCAAAGACUAGUGGAAACGCCAAGAUAAGCGAUCGAGUUGAUUUCGUUGAGAGUGGCAAGAGCAGUUUGUGUCGCGGGAGCACAAGUACUGAUGUCAGUGAUGAAAGCUCUUGCAGCAGUUUCAGUAGCGCUGUUAACAAACCCCACAAAGCAAAUGAUCUAAGAUGGGAAGCAAUACAGGCAGUCCGCUCGAAAGAUGGGGCCUUAGAUCUGAGGCACUUUAGACUACUGAAGAAGUUGGGCUGUGGUGACAUUGGAAGUGUCUAUCUAUCAGAAUUAUGCGGUACAAAAUGUUAUUUUGCUAUGAAGGUGAUGGAUAAGGCUUCACUAGCUAGUCGUAAGAAGCUUUUGCGUGCCCAGACAGAGAGAGAAAUUUUGCAAUCUCUCGAUCACCCUUUCCUUCCGACUUUGUACACUCAUUUUGAAACAGACAAGUUUUCAUGUUUAGUAAUGGAGUUCUGUCCUGGGGGAGACCUGCAUGGCCUUCGGCAAAGGCAGCCAGGAAAGCAUUUUUCUGAGCAAGCUGUUAAGUUUUAUGUUGCUGAAGUUCUUCUUUCUUUGGAAUACCUUCACAUGUUCGGUAUUGUUUACCGUGACCUCAAGCCUGAAAAUGUCCUCGUGCGAGAGGAUGGGCAUAUAAUGCUAUCAGAUUUCGACCUCUCUCUCCGCUGCACUGUAAGCCCCACUCUGAUAAAAUCCUCGUCCGCAGAGCCGGAUCCCCAAAGGAAAAACAACGUUUACUGCGCCCAACCUGCUUGCAUCGAGCCAUCAUGUAUCGUCCCAACCACAUGUUUCGGGCCUCGCUUGUUUUCAGGCAAAUCCAAGAAAGACCGUAAACCUAAGAACGAUAUUGGGAACCAAGUCAGGCCAUUACCGGAGCUGAUGGCCGAGCCUACAGACGCACGCUCAAUGUCAUUCGUUGGCACCCACGAGUACCUGGCACCGGAGAUCAUCAAAGGCGAAGGGCAUGGCAGCGCCGUGGACUGGUGGACUUUCGGGAUUUUCUUGUACGAGCUACUGUUUGGAAAGACGCCGUUCAAGGGAUCAGGCAAUCGAGCCACCCUAUUCAACGUCGUUGGCCAGCCCCUGCGAUUCCCAGAGUCACCGGUGGUCAGUUUCGCAGUCAGAGAUCUCAUCAGGGGCUUGCUAGUGAAGGAGCCACAGCAUAGGUUGGCGUACAAACGCGGUGCAACGGAGAUCAAGCAGCAUCCUUUCUUCGAAGGCGUGAACUGGGCUCUGAUUCGCUGCGCCACCCCUCCGGACGUCCCUAGACCAGUCGACAUCGAGAGAAUCCCUGCGCCACCGGCACCGGCUGGGCAGAAAGCUGCUGCUCCUGUAGCCAAGCUUGCUGCUGCCCCUCAAAGUAGUGACAAUUAUCUAGAAUUUGAUUUCUUUUAGUAGUGAUUGAUCAUGUUUGAGCAACUACUUUGUUUUCAGACAUUGAAGAGGAUGGAGAGGAGGUUUCUUUGGCAAUGAGUAUAUGAUUAUGUGUUUGGACAGUUGGUGGUGGUGAUGAUGAUCACGAUUUGUUAUAUUGCAAAUGUUGUAAUAUUGAUGUUUCUAUCAAUCCAUAAACGCAUUAAUUCCUUUGAAA